GGAAUGGAUGAAUGAUUCAAUCUCAUCCAUCCCGUCAAACCUCUCUCUCAGGGUGCCCUAUGGCCAAUAAAAAUGCACGACUGAAUCAACGUCUCAAUUGCUUUCCAGUGGCUCCGACCGUCCACAACAACUUCACAAUUGGACAACAAAAACGACAACCAAACAAUGAAACUGGUGGUACACAAGCCUAACAACGGUGGUUUCGAAUCCUCCACGGCCACUGAUGUAACCAUCUGGGGUGGCAAUUUAUGGAAUUGUGGAGAACAUUCUGCUUCCAAGCUGGUCCAAUCGCGUCGCAAGCACUUGCAACGGUUCAUUUACUUGCCAGAGGCUCACAAAGGGGGUCGCAUGGUGCGUCCGCAUUAUUAUCGUGGAGAUCGCGGUGCCACAAUGGACUUCCCAUCCUUGCAGGUGUUGGGGUACUAUGAAGACUUGGGUACUCCCGCUGACGUCAAAUGGAUUGUUCCCAACCUGAAGACCCUCCUCGUGUUUUGCGGGGUGCAUCGUGCUUGGCUUGGUGAUUAUGUCGAUCGAUGGUCUGUUCAACCCGCCAAUCCACCACCACCAAGGCGGCGCCAGUUCCGAAAUCUACUUCAACGCAUUCAAGAACAGUGUCCCGAUCUCGAGGAGGUUCUCGUUUGUGCGGCACCUGACUAUGAUGUCCCCGAAAAGAUUGAGGUGGUUCGAAAGUUAACCCCAGCUCGUCCGGCCCCAUGGGAAUGCCUGCGAUUGCUGGAAGUGGCUGUACGCAAGCCCCAAGCCGGUGACCUCUGUUUCAUUUCCCAAAUGCCAGAAGCAGUCAUGGAUUUGAUUGUUGGCUAUUUUCAUGCUCCCAAGUGGAAGCAGGAGGACUUUGCUGUAGAUAAGGACGAGGAGGACGAGGAAGAAGACGGUGGCGAUGACGUUGUUGGCGCUACUGAAGACCCCAUUGGGGUAGACCUAGAUUCACUCGAGUGAGCGAAUUGGGCGUUUCGACUAACUGGAUUUUAUGGCUGUGCGUUCCCGGGUCCUUGGCGCCACCUUUUGUCUUUCACUGAAUCGAAAGCCAUAACAAUUUGCCUUUUAUAAUACCCUAAGAAUACUGGUACAUCAUC